AUGCAAAUACAAUCGACCGUCUCAUAUCCUUCUCGUCAAAAUACCAGUGGACAAUCGAGCAACUUUGCUGGUGAUCAACAGCAAACUUCGCAGCGUAUAUACAACUCGUACGCACAGCAGAUUGGACAGAAAGCUAGCCCAGCAAUAAUGUCUUCGAUUGACGUGCCGUUACCAUGCGAUAAUUCAGAAGUUGGUGAGCCCUAUAAUGCAGGUCUAGUACUUUCUAAUGGAUAUGAAAGUCAUACUGGAAUGUUCAACAAGGCUCGCUGUUCGCAAAUACCUUUCAAUGACGACUUCCGGGUUUCAGGUUCUUCGUCUUCUUCUCGUGCCCAAUUAGGCUCGUCCUCCUCGUUGGUUCAUUCACAAAGUACUUCAACCGCACAACUUAGUGGAAGUCAACUCGGAGUGCGUUACAGUGCUGUUGCAAGUUAUGAUCCAAAAAGGGCGAAAGCGAAGCCAGUUGAUUUAUCUCAUUUGUAUUUGGUCAAUAACAAAGACAGCGUCACAUUAACACAGACCAAUGAGUCUGUAGCGAAUUACUCUCAUAAAAUGAUUAGUGAAUGUUUAGGAAAGGAAUGCAGUACAGUGUUGGUCCCGAGGUUGAAGUCCUUGGAAAUGUACAAGAAGAACGUCAAGAAGUCCAAGGACCCGGAUGUUUUAUUUCAAUACGCGCAAUACAUGUUGCAAACUGCUUUAACCAUGGACAUAAACCCGUUCCAAAGUGAAGACUGGAUCGCUGGUCUAUCUCCCGACAGUAAACAGCCUAAAGAUAUCCUUAAGGAUCAAUUUCUUAAGGAAGCAAAGCUCUACUUGACAAAGCUAAGUGUAAAGGGCUAUAAGGAUGCUCAAUAUCUACUUGCUGAUGCUUACUCAUCCGGGGCUUUUGGGAAAGUGAACCAUAAAGAUGCAUUCAUACUAUUUCAAUCUUCUGCGAAGCAUGCUCAUGUAGAAGCCGCAUACAGGACGGCUGUUUGUUUUGAAAAGGGAUUGGGCACAACAAGGGAUUCUCGCAAGUGUAUUGAAUUUUUGAAGUUUGCUGCUUCUAGGAACCAUCCCGCAGCGAUGUUCAAGCUUGGUUUAUAUUCAUUCCAUGGCCGCAUGGGAUUACCACAGGAUGUUAAUACUAAACAAAAUGGUAUCAAGUGGCUCUCUCGCGCCUCAGCGAGGGCUAAUGAAUUGACCUGCGCCGCUCCAUAUGAGUUGGCUCAAAUUUAUGAGAAGGGAUUCUUAGAUAUUGUCAUUCCAGAUGACAGCUAUGCAACAGAAUUAUACGUCCAAGCUGCUUCGUUAGGGCACAUACCAUCAACCACAAGGCUAGCAAAAUUAUACGAGCAGGGCAACGAAGUAGUUCCUCAGGACACAUCACUAAGUGUCCACUACUAUACACAAGCGGCCUUAAAGGGAGAUCCUGAAGCUAUGUUGGGUCUUUGUGCAUGGUACUUGGUUGGGGCCCAUCCAGCUUUUGAAAGAAAUGAUCGUGAAGCUUUCCAGUGGGCCUUGAGGGCCGCUAAAAAAGGCUAUGGAAAGGCUCAAUUCACAGUUGGCUACUUUCACGAAUAUGGUAAAGGAUGCAAGCAAGAUCUGGAUAUGGCUUAUAAAUGGUACGAGUGCGCUGCAGAUAACAAUGACCCCAGAGCAAUCAAAAAGUUAGAAUCUCGCAGGCCGACUAAGAAAAGAUCCAGCACAGUUUUCAACUUCUCUUUCCUGAAGGCGGAUGAUAUAGAAAGACCUUCGCGUAUAGACUUAGCUGAAGUCUCACCCCUUUACUUGGACUUUUAUGGAGGUGAUGCUAAAACCCUUGAUCCUCCCCAUGAUUCAGAUAUCGAUGGCAGUUUCAGUUAUGACGUUCUUAAUGUGAUAACAGACGAUGAAAAUUCGCUGGACAUAGAUUUCCAUGAUCCUCGGUUUACUUUAUCGAUACAGCAGCAAUCUCUAACGCCGAUUUCCAGAACCACUUCAAGCUUAAUGUUAGAGAGUCCAUUCCGGAGUUGUAAUAAUGACAUGGUGCCUACUGAAAGUCACACUUCAGAUUCAAAGCAGAUUGGCACAGGCCAAACAUCUAACAGCAGCACAAGUGAUGCGAAACUUGGUGCCAACAAGCCGAUGGUACCACCUAAUAACAGUAUACCCAGAGAACGCUGGCGUGUUUCAUCUAUCAACGAAGAUGUAUUAUCUUCUAAAGAAAAUGAAAAGUAG